UUAGAACCAGCGACCUUUCGGUUACAGGCACAACGCUCUUACCCACUAAGCUACCUGCCGCCAUUUCUAACUUUCUACUUUCACAGAAAUCAAACGCACUGCUAAACAUAACCUCUCUCUCUGUCUGUACUUGGGAUUGCACCUGGACGACGUCACCACCACUGCACUCCAUAACUCCACAGCUGACGAGCUGCGAGAGUGCUGCGUGCGAAUGGUCGAAUGCUUCCUCAAACACGCUGAAGAUUUCCAGGGUAGGCUACCAGAAGGGCAGAGCAUAAUAAGUGAAAGCAAACUUAAACUUGAUCGGGAACCAUUUUAAAACGCUUUAUAAAGGAGGCUGCUGGAUGAGUGGUCACCAUGUCGCCCUUCUUGCGGAUAGCCUUUAAUGCGUUUGAUGCGGGCGUCCUGUCCCCCCUGACUGACGCUCCCUUCUGUGCCAUUAAGAUGAAGGAGUCCCUCAGCACUGAGCGGGGUAAGACCCUGGUCCAGAGGAAACCUACUAUGUACCCAGCCUGGAAGUCCAGUUUCGACGCCCACAUCUACGAGGGCCGUGUCCUGCAGGUGGUUCUGAUGAAGACCGCCGAGGAGCCAUUGGCCGAGGCCACGGUGGGCGUGUCCGUGCUGGCUGAGCGCUGUAAGAAGGGCAACGGCUGUGCUGAAUUCUGGGUAGACCUGCAGCCUUCUGGGAAGGUUCAGAUGGCCGUCCAGUUCUUUGUGGAGGACACAGACACAGCAGUGUUUAAGUCGAACGUGAAGGGGCGUGAAGAGGAGGACGGUGCGAUGACACUGACCCGAAGGAGAGGAGCCAUUAAACAGGCCAAGGUCCACUUCAUCAAGAACCAUGAGUUCACAGCCACCUUCUUCGGACAGCCCACCUUCUGCUCUGUCUGCCGGGAGUUUGUCUGGGGAUUCAACAAGCAAGGCUACAAGUGCAGACAAUGCAAUGCUGCCAUCCACAAGAAAUGUAUUGACAAAAUCAUAGGGAGGUGCACAGGAACAGCAGCCAACAGCAGAGACACUAUGUUCCAGAAGGAGCGCUUUAAGAUCGACAUGCCACAUCGCUUCAAGAUCCACAACUACAUGAGCCCUACGUUCUGUGACCACUGUGGCAGUAUGCUGUGGGGAAUGGUCAAGCAGGGCCUCAAGUGUGAAGACUGUGGCAUGAACUCCCAUCACAAGUGUGAGAAGAAAGUGGGAAAUCUCUGUGGAAUCAACCAGAAACUCCUGGCUGAGGCCCUCAACCAAGUUAGCCAAAAAUCCACAAGACGGUCUGAAUCCAACAACUCAGAGUCAACGGACAUUGGAAUCUACCAGGACUUCAACAAAAGCCCAGGAGCGGACCCUAGUGAAGGCUAUGAGAAGCUGUGGGAGGGAGGUAAGGGCCUUGCCCCCGCCAGCAUCACCACCAAGACCCGCCUCACCAUUGACAACUUUGUGUUCCACAAGGUGCUGGGCAAGGGCAGCUUUGGCAAGGUCCUGCUGGCUGAGCUGAGGGGGCAAGGGCAGUACUUUGCUGUGAAGGCCCUGAAGAAAGAUGUGGUUCUGAUGGAUGAUGAUGUGGAGUGUACCAUGGUGGAGAAGAGAGUCCUGGCCCUGGCCUGGGACAACCCCUUCCUCACACACCUCUACUCCACCUUCCAGACCAGGGAACACCUGUUUUUCGUGAUGGAGUACCUGAAUGGAGGAGACCUGAUGUUCCACAUACAGGAUAAGGGUCGCUUUGAACUCUACAGAGCCACGUUCUACUCUGCAGAGAUCAUAAUUGGACUGCAGUUCCUCCACUCCAAAGGAAUAAUUUACAGGGACCUGAAGCUGGACAAUGUGAUGCUGGACAGGGACGGCCACAUUAAGAUCGCUGACUUUGGAAUGUGCAAGGAGAAUGUGUUUGGAGAGAAUCGGGCCACCACUUUCUGUGGGACGCCGGACUACAUCGCACCAGAGAUCCUGCUGGGGCAGAAGUACACCUUCUCCGUGGACUGGUGGUCGUUUGGGGUACUGGUGUAUGAGAUGCUAAUUGGCCAGUCGCCGUUCCAGGGUGAUGACGAGGAUGAGCUGUUUGAGUCCAUCAGGAUGGACGUGCCUCACUACCCUCGCUGGAUCACCAAGGAGGCCAAGGACCUGCUGGAGAAGCUGUUUGAACGAGACCCCAGUCGCAGGCUAGGGGUGGUGGGGAACAUCCGCGGACACUCCUUCUUCAAGACCCUCAACUGGCCUGCCCUGGAGAAGAGAGAGGUGGACCCCCCCUUCAAACCUAAAGUGAAAGGCCCCAAUGACUGCAACAACUUUGACCGGGAGUUCCUGAGUGAGAAGCCCCGCCUCUCCCACACGGACAAGAACCUGAUCGACUCCAUGGACCAGACAGCCUUUGCAGGCUUCUCUUUCAUCAACCCCAAGAUGGAACGCAUUAAGGACAAAUGAAGGAACAACAAGAUUCCCCCAUCUCUUCGUUCCAACCGCUCCAUUAUAAACACACAGGAAAAGGAGGAGGAAGGGAAAAACCGGUGUUGCAUUUAUCUCUGUGGUGGUUCCAUUCAAUAAUGGUGUCUUUCUUUUCCUUGGGAUCAAACCUUGAAUCAGUAUAAAUCAAUCCAUGUACUGUACUUUAUCCCCCAACAUACAUCAACACACUCAUUCACACACACCCCAUAGCUCAGGCAGUUGUUUAAUAUUGUCCAUGCUGGGAUGUCAGGGGUCAAAUGUGGCUCUAUCACACACCCGUGUGCUCUGCCUACUGUAUGUCGCUCUUUCCCAUCCCAUCAUUCACAUAAUUGUUUAUUGUGUGUGUGGUUUGUUUUACUAUCCUUGUGGGUACCAGAAGUCCUCAAAAGGAUAGUAAAACAAGGAU